AACGAAAAAUCAACAAAAGUUUUCAAAGCAAUCGCAAUCGCAGGCACAGCACAUUCAUUUGUUAUCCCAUUUCGAUAGUUUCCGGAGAAAUGAAUCGUCUUUUUGGAAAAUCGAAACCCAAAGAACCGGGUCCAAGUAUCAACGAUUGUAUUCAAGGGAUUGAUUCCAGGGCAGCUACAAUUGAUCAGAAAAUCAAAACCCUCGAUGCUGAGCUACGCAAAUACAAAGAUCAAAUGGCCAAAAUGCGCGAAGGGCCAGCCAAAAACGCUGUUAAGCAAAAGGCAAUGAGGGUACUCAAGCAACGCAAACAAUACGAGAAUCAAGUGGAAAAUCUACGCAAUCAGUCUUUCAACAUGGAGCAAGCUAAUUUCGCCGCUCAGACCCUGAAAGAUACCCAUUCGACGGUCGCAGCAAUGAAGGAUGGUAUGAAAUCGAUGAAGAAAGAGUUCAAAAAGAUCAACAUCGAGGAACUCGAAGACAUCCAGGAUGACAUGGCCGAUAUGCUGGAGCAGGCCGACGAAGUGCAGGAAGCAAUGGGCCGUACGUACGGAAUGCCUGAGAUCGAUGACGAUGAACUGCAGGCAGAAUUGGAUGCCCUGGGAGACGAGAUUGCCCUAGAUGAUGACACAAGCUACCUAGAUGAUGUUGUGAAGGCCCCAGCAGCUCCGGAUAGGGAACCGGGUGCAGACACUGUUACCAACAAAGACGGUAUCCUGGUGGAUGAGUUUGGAUUACCUCAGAUUCCGACGCAAGUGAAAACAACCUAAAUUGUGGUUGUAUCCGUUCACCCAAAUAUUUGUUUAGAUUUUAUUUGACGCUUAAUGUACUAAUAAAUUAAGACUUACAAUAUGUGAAAUUAAAUUACACGCAAAGCAUAAGUUGUUCUUUCGUUACAAUAACAUUCACUCAAAAAUAAUAAA